AUGAGCAAGCCGCUCUUCCAUUGGUCACAGCGGGCACAUGAUAAUUUAGAAGCUGAGGCAGUCGCAUUGCUCUUGACCAGCGUUUCUGAGGAGGGAAGAGUUGGAGAGGCUUUGCUGCUAAGGAAAUAAAUUAAAUAUUACUGGUUCGCACCCCUCCCCACCCCAAAAACAAAAGCUCCAGUAACAGGGAUUAAAAGGGAAGGCUGAUGCUGUAUACAACGCUGAUAAACUUAUUCACAUAAGUUUAUAGGUGAAAAGGCCCAAAAUGGCAGACGAGGAGGAGUAUGAGGAGUAUGAGUAUUAUGAAGAAACGAUCAUUGAAGAUGGUGGAUUUGAGGUGGAGGAGCCAAAGGCAGCUGCCCCGAAGGCGGUUGAAGCAGCUGUCACUCCCAGCCAACCUGCCAAGAAGAGAAUUAAGAAGAAAGUGGACACCACUAAGUUCAUGACGCCAUACUUAGCACACAGCAAGAAAAUGCAAGACAUGUUCAGCCAGAAUAAGUACAAAGAGCAGUAUCAGAAGUUAAAGGGAGAACCCUUUGCCAGCACAACUGAUACUCCUGAGCUCCGCAGGAUCAAAAAGGUCCAAAACCAGCUGAGCGAGGUGAAGUAUCGUAUGGAUGGUAACAUUGCCAGAACCAACUGCCAUGUUGAUGAAAAAGCAAGAGACAUUGAGCAUGCCAAAAAGGUGUCCCAACAAGUGAGCAAGGUUUUGUACAAACAGAAUUGGGAAGAUACUAAGGAAAAGUACCUGUUACCCCCUGAUGCACCGGAGCUUGUGCAAGCCGUGAAGAACACUUCUAUGUUGAGCAAAAAACUGUAUACCGCAGAUUGGGAAGAGGACAAAUCCACGUAUUUCCCUUAUUCUGACAGUCCGGAGCUAAGGAGAGUUGCACAGGCUCAAAAAGCACUGAGUGAUAUAAAUUAUAAAAAAGGAUUUGAUGAACAAAAGCUUCAGUUCACAUCACUGGCUGAUCGACCUGAUAUUGAAAUGGCCAAGAAGGUGACACAGCAGCUCAGCGAUGUGAAAUAUCGUGAAGAUUAUAAGAAAAAGAUUAAGGGCCAUUGGAGCCAAACCCCAUGCUAUGACAUUGCAGUGGCAAAAAUGAAUGCUGACAAUCUGAGUGAUCGGAAGUAUCAUGAAGAUUUCGAGAACAUUAAAGACCAAAUCAACUUCAUGCAGACUGAUACCCCUGAGUACAAGGCUAAUAAGAAGGCAAGGCUGAAUGCCAGCUCGAUUCAAUACAAAUCAGAUUAUGAGAAGUCUAAGGGACCUACAGCUUACCAUACUCUUCCCGCCACAGAAAACCCUCUGCUGAAGCAGCUCCGCAAGGCUGGACGGUCUCUCAGUGAUAAACUAUACAAGGAAACAUAUGAAAGAGCUAAAGGAACCAGUAUUAAUUACUGCGACACACCGAAGUUUCAAAUUGAUAAUGUUCUGAAAAACUUUAGUGACCUUAAAUACAAAGACCAUUACCAAAAGAAUAUACUGGGGCACUAUGUUGGCAGCUAUGAGGAUCCAUAUAUGUUACACUGUAGCAAAGUCUCCAACAUGAUGAGUAAUAAAAAUUAUAAAGCAGACUAUGAGGAGGACAAAACAAACUUCUACUUCCCACAAACUUUAACCCAAGAAUAUGAAGCUGCCAAGAAAUUAGAUUUGUGCAAAGAUUAUGUCUACAAAAAACAUCCGGACACAAUCAAAUACACGCAAGUGACCGAUUCUCCUGAUAUGCUACAAGCGCAAGUGAACAGCAAGCAGCUCAGUGACCUGAAUUAUAAAGCCAAACACGAAAAAGAGAAAUUUAAGUGCUCUAUCCCAGCAGAUUCUCCUUUCAUACUCCAGUCCAGAGUGAAUGCAUACAACUUGAGCGAUAAAUGGUACAAGUACGACUGGGAUAAAGCGAAAGCAAAAGACUUUGAAAUCAAGAUCGACGCAAUUCCUCUGGUUGCGGCAAAAGCGAACAGAAAGAAAGCCAGCGACGUUCAGUACAAGAAAGAUUAUGAACUCGGUAAAGGAAAGAUGAUCGGAGCUCUUAGUAUUCAGGAUGACCCCAAGAUGCUACAUUCUGUGAAAGUGGCUCAUAAUCAGAGUGAUAUUGAAUACAAAAAAGACUAUGAAAUGUCAAAGACCAAGUAUACCACACCGCUGGAUAUGGUCGCCGUCACCAAUGCCAAAAAAGCCCAGUCCAUUGCCAGCAACAUAGAUUAUAAACAUCCUAUUCACUCUUAUUUCUACCCGCCAGACUCCGUGAGCCUCUCGUUAGCAAAGAAAGCAUACACUAUCCAGAGCAACAUUGACUACAAAUCCGACUACAACAGCUGGGUGAAAGGCUGCGGCUGGGUGCCAUAUGGAUCCUUGGAUGUAGAGACAGCUAGGAAAGCGUCCGACAUCCUCGAUGAGAGGAAAUAUCGCCAGCAUCCGGAUUCCAUAAAGUUUACUUCCAUAGAAGAUGAUCCUAUUGUGGUUCAGUCGAAAAUCAACCAGAGGCAGAGGAGUGACAUCCUCUAUAAAGCAGAAGGAGAGAAAACCCUACACAAAUAUUCCCUGCCAGCAGAUAUACCGGAAUUCAUUCAAGCCCGAGUUAACGCCUAUAAUCUGAGCGACAAUUACUAUAAGCAAGGACUGGAAGAACUAAAGGCCAAAGGAUAUGAUCUCAGAUCGGACGCUAUACCCAUCAGGGCUGCCAAAGCCGCAUUAAAAGCAGCUAGUAAUGUUCAAUAUAAGAAAGAUUACGAGCGUCAGAAAGGAAAACUCGUUGGUUUCCGCAGCUUGCAAGACGACCCAAAGCUUGUCCAUUACAUGCACGUGGCCAAAAUCCAAUCCGAACGGGAAUACAAGAAGGAUUAUGAGAGGACAAAGACCAAAUAUAACACUCCACUAGAUAUGGUCAAUGUUGUGGGUGCUAGAAAAGCACAAGACAUUGCCAGUGGUAUUAAUUAUAAACAGCCGGUCCAUCAUUACACUUAUCUUCCGGACGCGAUGAGUGUUGAGUUGUCUAAGAAGAUGAUGGAGAUCCAGAGUGAUAACCUCUAUAAAUCAGAUCUAGGCUGGCUGAAAGGCACCGGUUGGAUCCCAAUAGGGUCUCUGGAUGUUGAGAAAGCCAAAAGGGCAGGAGCAGCUUUGGAUGAAAAGAAAUACCGUCAGCACCCUGAUACCCUUAAAUUUACCAGCAUUGUGGACUCUCCAGUCAUGGUCCAAGCUAAGACCAAUGCUCUUCAGCUAAGUGAUAGACUUUAUAAAUCCGCAGGAGAGAAGACUCUCCACAAAUACCAUCUGACGUCUGACGUUCCUCAGUUCGUCCAAGCCAGGUUUAAUGCGGCUAAUAUCAGUGACACCAAUUACAAACAAGACUGGCUAAAAACUAUUGCCAAAGGACAUCACGUUCUUGGGGAUUCAAUACCUAUCGUAGCCGCCAAGGCUUCACGGAAUAUCGCCAGUGAUUACAAGUACAAGGAAGCUUAUGAAAAAGCCAGAGGGAAACACGUUGGUUUCAGAAGCCUUCAGGAUGACCCCAAACUGGUGCAUUUCAUGGCUGUGGCUAAGAUGCAGUCAGACCGAGAGUACAAGAAAGACUACGAAAAAACCAAGACAAAAUAUCACACUCCUCUGGACAUGUUCAGCAUCACGGCUGCCAAAAAGUCUCAAGAAGUGGCCACGAACAUCAACUACAAGCAUCCAGUCCAUCGCUAUACAUUCUUACCAGAUGCAAUAAGUGUCGAACGGUCAAAGAACAUGAUGCAAAUCCAGAGCGAUAAUGUCUACAAACAAGAUUAUAACAAUUGGUUUAAAGGCGUUGGUUGGAUCCCCCUGGGUUCUUUGACAAUGGAGAAGGUUAAGAAAGCCGGCGAUGCUUUAAGUGAGAAGAAGUACCGUCAGCACCCCGACACCCUCAAGUUUACGAGCAUCCCCGAUUCAAUGGAUAUUGUGCUGGCUCAGAGCAACACCAAACAGAUGAGUGAUAUUACUUACAAAGCAGAUGGAGAAAAAGUGAAGCAUAAAUACACCCUGAACCCUGACGAUCCUAAUUUUAUUCAAGCAAAAGUCAAUGCCUAUAACAUUAGCGACUCUAGCUACAAAGCCGAUUGGAUUAAACAUCUUGCUAAAGGUUACGAUCUCAAGCCAGACUCCAUAUCUGUCAGAGCUGCAAAAGCCUCAAGAAACAUAGCAAGCGACUACAAGUAUAAGGAAGCUUACGAGAAAGACAAAGGCAAACAAGUCGGAUUCCGUAGUCUGCAUGAUGACCCGAAAAUGGUUCACUACAUGCAUGUAGCCAAAAUGCAGUCGGAUCGUGAAUAUAAGAAAGAUUAUGAGAAAGCCAAGACGAAAUACCAUACACCUGUCGACAUGGUUAGCGUCACUGCGGCUAAGAAGGCCCAAGAAGCAUCGACCAACAUCAACUACAAGCAGCCUCUCCAUGGGUAUACCAUGUUACCUGAUGCCAUGAGCGUAGAACUCUCCAGAAACAGGAUGCAAAUCAUAAGCGAUAAUCUGUACAAAUCCGACUUCAACAACUGGCUGAAAGGCGUUGGCUGGGUACCAAUCGGCUCUCUGGAUGUUGAGAAGGCGAAGAAGGCGAAAGACAUCCUUAGCGAGAAGAAAUACCGUCAGAGUCCUUCUCAGUGGGAAUUUUCUACACCAAGUGAUGGGAUUGAACAAUUGCUUGCAAAAAGUAACGCGCUCAUAUUAAAUAAGAGGCUAUAUACUGAUGCCUGGGAGAAAGCAAAGACCAAAAUUCACGUCAUGCCGGAUACUCCUGAAAUUGUGCUUUCUAAAGUCAACCAAAUGAAUAUGAGCGAUAAACUGUACCGCCAGGCAUAUGAAGAGGACAAGAAGAAAGGGUAUGACUUAAAGCCAGAUGCCAUAUCCAUAAAAGCAGCCAAAGCAUCAAGAGAUAUCGCCAGUGAUUACAAAUACAAGCAGGCCUAUGAAAAAACAAGAGGGAAACAUAUUGGAUUCCGCAGCCUUCAAGACGACCCGAAACUGGUGCACUUCAUGCAAGUGGCAAAGAUGCAGUCUGACCGCGAGUAUCGGAAAACCUAUGAAAAAUCCAAGACCAAGUUCCACACCCCUGUCGACAUGUUCAGUGUUACCGCCGCUAAACAAGCCCAGAACGUGGCCACCAAUAUUUAUUAUAAGCAGCCAGUCCAUCACUACAGCCUCCUGCCGGACGCCAUGCCUCUAGAGCUAUCCCGAAACAGAAUGCAGAUACAGAGUGACAAUCUCUACAAAUCGGAGUAUAAUGAGUGCAUGAAAGGUGUUGGAUGGAUUCCUUAUGGCUCUCAGGAAGCCGAGAAGAAUAGGAAAGCUAUGGAUAUACUCAAUGAAAAGAAAUACCGUCAGCAUCCUGACACCUUAAAGUUUACUAGCAUACCAGACUCUAUGGAAAUGGUUUUGGCAAAAAGUAACGCUCAGAUCAUGAAUAAGAACUUGUACAAACAAGCUUGGGAGAAAGACAAGACUACAAUCCAUGUUAUGCCUGAUACGCCAGAGGUUCUUUUGGCCAAGUCGAAUGCCUUCAACAUCAGCGAGAAAAAUUACAGACAAGCUUUGGAGGAAUCAAAGAAGAAAGGAUAUGACCUCAGGGCUGAUGCGAUCUCCAUCAAAGCUGCGAAGGCUUCCAGAGACAUUGCCAGCGAUUAUAAAUACAAGAAAGCACACGAAAUGGACAAGGGAAAAAUGGUUGGAUUCCGAAGCCUGCAAGAUGAUCCCAAACUCGUUCAUUUCAUGAACGUGGCAAAGAUGCAGUCUGAGCGGGAGUAUCACAAAGACUACGAGAAGACCAAAACAAAAUAUCAUACCCCCCUGACAACCUUUAGUGUAAUGGCAGCCAAGGAUGCCCAAGCAAUUGCAUCCAACGUGAAUUACAAGCAUCUGAUACAUAAAUAUUUCCUGCUUCCGGAUGCAAUGCCACUUCAGCUGGCAAAGAAUAUGAAUCAGAUUCAGAGUGAUAUUGAAUACAAAGUAGACUACAAGACAUGGUAUAAGGGAAUGGGAUGGAGUCCGCUGGGCUCUCUGGAUGUUGAAAAGUCCAAAAAAGCCACCGAGAUAGCAAGUGAUUCCAAAUACAGACAACACCCGAGCCAAUUCCGAUUCUCUAAGAUGACCGAUUCCAUGGAUUUGGAGCUGGCCAAGCAGAAUGCCCAGACUAUGAACAAGCGCCUGUAUACUGAGGCCUGGGAGAAGGAUAAGACAAAGAUCCACGUGAUGCCGGACACACCAGAAAUUCUACAGGCAAAACAAAACAUGAUCACAUUUAGCCAGAAACAAUACAAACUCGGAUGGGAGGAAGCAGUUAAAAAAGGCUACGACCUAAGACCCGAUGCAAUUACAAUUAAAGCGGCCAAGGCUUCUAGGGAUAUUGCAAGUGACUAUAAGUAUAAAGCAGCUUACCGCAAGCAACAAGGCCACCAUGUUGGCUUCCGCAGCCUACAGGAUGACCCUAAGUCUGUGUGGGCCAUGCACGUGGCCAAAAUCCAGAGCGACAGAGAGUACAAGAAGGACUACGAGAAAUGGAGGACGAAGUAUAACACGCCAGUGGACAUGCUGGGCUUCCUGCUGGCUAAGAAAUGCCAGGCAUUAGUCAGCGAUAUCGAUUAUAAGCGCAUCUUACACAACUGGACUUGCCUGCCUGAUCAAACAUCAUUCGUACAAGCCCGGAAAGUUUAUGAGAUACAGAGUGACAAUGUUUAUAAAGCAGAUUAUAACGAGUUCAUGAAAGGUGUGGGGUGGAUUCCCUACGGAUCCCAAGAAGCUGAAAAGAACAAAAAAGCCAUGGACAUCCUAAGCGAGAAGAAAUACCGCCAGCACCCCGAGACUCUGAAAUUUACUAGUAUUCCCGACUCUAUGGAGCUGGUUCUGGCUAAAAAUAAUGCGGAAAUUAUGGACAAGAAACGUUACAUAGAAGCCUGGGAGAAAGAUAAGCAGACAAUUCACAUCAUGCCAGAUACACCUGACAUUCUCCAGGCUAAGCAGAACUUACUGAAUACCAGUGACAAACUGUAUAAAGCUGGGUACGAGGAGCUGAAAAAGAAAGGUUAUGACAUGAAAGUCGAUGCCAUCUCGAUAAAGGCUGCAAAGGCAUCAAGAGACAUUGCUAGUGAGUUCAAAUACAAAGCUGCCUAUCGUCAGCAACAAGGCCACCACGUUGGGUUCCGCAGUCUUCAAGAUGACCCCAAAUCCGUGUGGGCUAUGCACGUGGCCAAAAUCCAGAGCGAGAGGGAGUACAGGAAGGAAUAUGAAAAGUGGAGGACGAAGUUCAAUACACCCGUUGACAUGCUGGGAAUAGUGCUAGCCAAGAAGUGCCAGACUUUAGUCAGUGAUAUAGACUAUAAGCACAGACUUCACAAGUGGACCUGUCUACCUGACCAGAAUGACGUCGUCCAGGCCAGAAAAAUAUACGACAUCCAAAGUGACAAUCUCUACAAAGCUGACCUUCAGUGGCUUAAAGGGGUCGGUUGGUCUCCCUCUGGAUCCUUGGAGGAUGAGAAAAACAAAAGGGCCUCAUCGAUCCUGAGUGACAAGAAGUAUCGCCAGCAUCCAGAUAAAUUACAAUUUACCAGCGUCCCCGAUUCUUUGGAAAUGGUCCUGGCAAAAUCAAAUGCUGAAAUCAUGAAUAAGCGCUUGUAUACCAAUGCAUGGAACAAAGAUAAAACCCAAAUCCAUAUCAUGCCAGAUACUCCAGAAGUCCUUCUUGCAAAACAGAACAAGCUGAACUUUAGCGAGAAACUAUAUAAACAAGCAAUGGAAGACGACAAAGCCAAGGGUUACGAUCUCCGAACUGAUGCUAUCGCCAUUAAAGCAGCCAAAGCCUCUCGGGAUAUUGUCAGCGAUUACAAGUACAAAACUGCGUACCGCAAGCAAGUGGGACACCAUGUUGGAUUCCGCAGCUUGCAAGAUGAUCCUAAGUUGGUAUGGUCCAUGCAUUUGGCAAAGAUCCAGAGUGAUAGGGAGUACAAGAAAGAUUUCGAAAAAUGGAAGACCAAAUUCAAUAGUCCGGUGGACAUGCUGGGGAUCUUACUGGCUAAGAAGUGCCAGACGUUGGUCAGCGACAUCGAUUAUCGACGACGCCUGCAUCAAUGGACAUGUCUACCCGACAAAAUCGAUGUCAUUCAGGCCAAAAAAGCCAAUGAACUCCAGAGUGAUAAUUUGUACAAGUCAGACCUCCAGUGGUUGAAAGGAAUCGGCUGGACUCCAAUUGGGUCACUUGAUGUUGAAAAGGCUAAGAGGGCUGGCGAGAUUAUAAGUGACAACAAAUACAGACAGGCUCCCGACAAGAUUAAAUUUACAAGUGUUACAGAUUCUCUUGAGUUGGAGUUGGCAAAAUCCAAUGCCGCCAUAAUGAAUAAGAGAUUGUACACAGAGGCAUGGAAUAAAGACAAGACCACCAUUCACAUCAUGCCAGAUACACCAGAAAUCACCCUGGCAAGACAGAAUAAAAUGAACUAUAGCGAGAGCUUGUAUAAACUUUCGCUGGAAGAAUCGAAGAAGAAAGGAUAUGACCUAAGGGUGGACGCUAUCUCUAUCAAAGCUGCCAAAGCAUCUAGAGAGAUUGCCAGUGAUUACAAGUAUAAAACUGGAUACCGCAAGCAGCUGGGACACCACGUUGGUUUCCGAAGUCUUCAGGAUGAUCCGAAAUCUGUCUGGGCCAUGCAUGUGGCUAAGAUCCAGAGCCAAAGGGAGUACCAGAAAGACUUUGAAAAGAGCAAGACGAAGUUUAACAUGCCUGUCGAUGUGCUGGACAUCCAACUGGCUAAAAAAUGCCAGACGCUGGUCAGCGAAAUUGAUUACCGACAGCGUCUACACCAAUGGACCUGCCUUCCAGACCAGAAUGAUGUCAUCCAAGCCAGGAAAGCCUACGAUCUGCAGAGUGAUAUCCAGUAUAAAUCAGACCUGUCAUGGUUGAAAGGCAUUGGUUGGGUUCCAAUCGGCUCACUGGAUAAUGAAAAGAACAAGAGAGCUUCGGACAUUUUGAGCGAAAAGAAAUACCGCCAGCCCCCUAACACCAUGAAAUUCACCAGCGUGACCGAUUCAAUGGAAAUGGAACUUGCAAAGACAAAUGCAGACAUCAUGAACAAGCGCUUAUAUACUGAAGCCUGGAACAAGGACAAGACAACUAUCCAUGUGAUGCCAGACACUCCAGAGAUCCUACUGGCCAAAGCCAAUCGUAUGAAUUUUAGUGAGAAACUCUACAAGCUCGCCCUGGAAGAAAGUAAGAAGAAAGGCUACGAUCUACCUAAAGAUGCCAUCGCAAUCAAAGCUGCCAAAGCAUCGCGAGAUAUUGUCAGCGAUUACAAAUACAAAGCCGGGUACCGCAAGCAGCUGGGCCACCAUGUUGGAUUCAGAAGUCUGCUGGAUGAUCCCAAGUCGGUGUGGGCCAUGCACAUUGCCAAGAUCCAGAGCGACAGGGAGUACAAGAAGGACUUUGAAAAAUCCAAGACCAGAUAUAACAGCCCCGUGGAAAUGCUGUCUGUGCUGCUGGCCAAGAACUGCCAGAAAUUGGUCAGUGACAUUGACUAUCGCCACUACCUCCACCAGUGGACAUGUCUGCCCGACCAGAAUGACGUCAUCCAAGCCAAGAAAGCCUACGAGCUGCAGAGUGACGCGAUCUACAAAUCCGAUCUGGAAUGGUUGAAGGGCAUUGGAUGGGUCCCUGUUGGCUCCCUUGAAGUUGAAAAAGUGAAAAAAGCCACUGAAAUCCUGAGUGACAAGUGUUAUCGUCAAAAACCUGACACUUUUAAAUUCACGUCCAUUCCUGACUCCAUGGAACUGGUCCUGGCUAAAAACAAUGCUCUUCAAAUGAAUAGGAGACUUUACAAAGAAGCCUGGGACAACGACAAAACAACUAUUCACGUCAUGCCUGAUACGCCUGAAAUUUUGCUCGCUAAAGCCAACUCCGUAAAUGUUAGCAACAAACUGUACACAAAAGGAUGGGAUGAAGCCAAAGCGAAAUCUUUCGACAUAAGAGCUGACGCCAUUGCUAUUAAGAGCGCAAGAGCCUCACGAGACAUUGCCAGUGAUUACAAAUACAAAGCCGGGUACCGCAAGCAGCUGGGCCACCAUGUUGGAUUCAGAAGUCUGCUGGAUGAUCCCAAGUCGGUGUGGGCCAUGCACAUUGCCAAGAUCCAGAGCGACAGGGAGUACAAGAAGGACUUUGAAAAAUCCAAGACCAGAUAUAACAGCCCCGUGGAAAUGCUGUCCGUGCUGCUGGCCAAGAACUGCCAGAAAUUGGUCAGUGACAUUGACUAUCGCCACUACCUCCACCAAUGGACAUGUCUGCCCGACCAGAAUGACGUCAUCCAAGCCAAGAAAGCCUACGAGCUGCAGAGUGACUGGAUAUAUAAAUCUGACAUGGAAUGGAUCCGUGGCUGUGGAUGGAUGCCCAACGACUCCCUGGAAGUGAACAAAGUCAGGAAAGCUCAAGAAAUCUUAAGCGAGCAGAAGUACCGUCAACACCCAGAUACCCUCAAAUUCACCAGCGUUGUUGACCUUCCAUCCAUUGUUUUGGCCAAAACAAACGCUCUUCAGCUCAGCGACUCUGUUUACAAAGAUGCUUGGGAGAAAGAGAAAACGAAUUUCAGCCUCCCCUCCGACACCCCUCAGAUGAUGCAGUCGAAAAUCAACGCUGUGAAUAUUAGCAAUAAACAAUAUCAACAAGCCUGGGAAGAUGCCAAGAAGGAUGGUUAUGACUUGAGAGCAGAUGCAAUUGCGGUUAAGAGCGCCAAAGCAUCGCGGGACAUUGCUAGUGACUAUAAGUACAAAACCGGGUACCGCAAGCAGCUGGGUCACCAUGUUGGAUUCAGAAGUCUGCUGGAUGAUCCCAAGUCGGUGUGGGCCAUGCACGUGGCCAAGAUCCAGAGCGACAGGGAGUACAAGAAGGACUUUGAAAAAUCCAAGACCAAAUAUAACAGCCCGGUGGAAAUGCUGUCCGUGCUGCUGGCCAAGAACUGCCAGAAAUUGGUCAGUGACAUUGACUAUCGCCACUACCUCCACCAAUGGACAUGCCUGCCCGACCAGAAUGACGUCAUCCAAGCCAAGAAAGCCUACGAGCUGCAGAGUGACUGGAUAUAUAAAUCUGACAUGGAAUGGAUCCGUGGCUGUGGAUGGAUGCCCAACGACUCCCUGGAAGUGAACAAAGUCAAGAAAGCUCAAGAAAUCCUAAGUGAACAUAUGUACCGCCAAGCGCCGGAUACCAUUAAAUUUACCAGCAUCGUCGACCCUCCAUCAAUUGUCCUCGCUAAAACAAACGCUCUGCAAAUCAGCGAUAAAGUGUACAGAGAUGCAUGGGAUAAAGAAAAAAACCAGUUCAGCCUGCCUUCAGACACUCCGCAGAUGUUACAGUCCAAGAUCAACGCAGCGAACAUCAGCGAAAAAGUAUACAAGCAAGAUUAUGAAGCUGCCAAGAAGGAUGGUUAUGACUUAAGAGCCGAUGCGAUCCCGAUCCGCAGCGCAAAGGCUUCAAGGGAUAUUGCCAGUGAUUACAAAUAUAAAAGCGCCCAUGAAAAGCAGAAGGGUCACUACAUCGGAGCCCCCACGGCACAUGAUGACCCCAAGCUGAUGUGGCUGAUUAACUCAGGCAAACUUCCAAGCCAAUUAGGAUACAAAAUGGAUUACGAGAAAUCAAAGGCCAGGAUCCACAUACCAGUAGAUAUGGUAUCAAUCCAAACUGCCAAACAGGUCCAGGGAAUAGCAAGUGAAAUUGAUUAUCGUCACUACCUCCACCAAUGGACAUGUCACCCGGAUCAGAACGAUUGCAUACAGGCUAAGAAAGCAUAUGAAUUACAAAGCGAUAAUGUGUAUAAGUCAGACUUGGAAUGGAUCCGUGGCUGUGGAUGGAUGCCCAACGAUUCCGUAGAAGUUAAGAAAGUGAAGAACGCCCAAGACAUAUUAAGUGAGCACCUGUACCGCCAACCAGCAAGCAACUUAUCAUUCACCAGCAUUGUGGACUUGCCUUCCAUUCUUCUGGCUAAAACAAAUGCUGACCAGAUCAGUCAGAGCAAAUAUAAAGAAGCUUGGGAGCAAGACAAGAGAACGAUCCACGUGAUGCCUGAUACUCCAGAAAUCAUGCUGUCCAGAGCUAAUGCUAUAAAUAUCAGCAAUAAAUUAUAUAGAGAGGGCUGGGAUAAAGUGAAGAUGGUCUACGAUCUUAGGGCUGAUGCCAUCCCUAUUAAAGCUGCCAAAGCUUCUAGAGAAAUUGCAAGUGAUUAUAAGUACAAGCUAGCGCACGAGAAACUGAAAGGCCACUACGUUGGCACCCCCACAGCUCGAGAUGACAACAAACUAGCCUGGUUUAUGCGGGCAUCCAAACUUCCCAGUGACCUGGAAUAUAAGAAGGACUUUGAGAAGACAAAGACUAGGGUGAACCUGCCUGUCGAUAUGGUGUCCAUUGUAUCAGCCAAACAAUGCCAGACGUUGGUCAGCGAUAUUGAUUACCGGCAUUACCUGCACCAAUGGACCUGCCUUCCGGACCAGAAUGACGUCAUCCAAGCCAAAAAAGCCUACGACCUUCAGAGCGAUGCUGUGUAUAAGUCCGAUCUGGAGUGGCUCCGUGGUAUUGGAUGGAUGCCCAAUGAUUCUUACGACGUGAAAAAGGUUAAAUUUGCCCAGGACAUCCUGAGUGAGAGGAAAUACAGAACGAAGCCAGAGGCUCUAAGCUUCACGCCUGUCACCGACAGAGUGGAUUAUGUCACCGCUAAACAAGGUGGCGAGAUUCUGAGUGACAUUAAGUACCACGAAGCUUGGAACGGCAUCAAGUCAAAAUACACGGCUUUAAGUGACACUCCACUGCUUGUCACAGCUCGGGAAGCAGCCAAGAAUGUUAAUAAUAAACUUUACAAAGAAGGCUGGGAGAAUAUAAAAGCUACAGGUUACCUGCUACCGAAAGACGCCGUUCAAAUUUCACAUGCUAAAAAGAGCGGCGAUAUCCAGAGCGAGUUGAAAUAUAAGGCUGAUUACGUCAAGCAAAAGGGCCACUACGUUGGCGUCAAAAGCGCCGAUGAAGAUCCCAAACUGAAAUGGUUUAAACACGCCAACCUGAUUCAGAAUGAAAGAGAGUACAAAAAACUUUAUGAAAAGCUGAAAUCAAAAGUGCAUAUCCCCGGAGACAUGGUGUCCAUUGAAGCCGCAAAACAAGGUCAGACUUUGGCCAGCGACAUCGACUACCGCCAUUACCUGCACGAGUGGACAUGCCACCCAGAUCAAAACGACUGCAUACAGGCUCGAAAAGCCUACGACCUUCAGAGCGAUAAUAUUUACAAAUCUGACCUGGAAUGGAUUCGUGGUUGCGGAUGGAUUCCUCUUGACUCCGUGGAACAUCAGAAAGUACGGAAAGCCCAGGAGCUGGUUAAUGAGAGAGCCUACAAGAAAGACGCUAUGGACAAUUUCUCCAAAUACUCCCAUGUGGUUGACACACCACCCAUCGUGCUUGCCAAGCUCAAUAACAUCAACCAAAGUGAUCUGAAAUACAAAGAAACCUUCAACAUGGAGAAAGGCCAGUAUAUUGGUUCUGCUGAAACACCCCAGAUUACUCAUUCCAGAGAGAUGUCUAAGCUUGCCAGCGAUAAAUCAUACAAAGACUCGUGGGACAGCAUGAAAGCUUUGGGUUACCAAAUACCCCCAGACUACAUACCUAUUGUUGGCGCUAAGCAUGCCAGGCUGGUCUCCAGUGAGCUCAAAUACAAGGAGAAUUAUGAACGGGAGAAAGGCCAUUACCUCGCUGGAGGUCAGAUCGAUGAUUUCCCAAGCGUUGUGAAAUUGUUGGCUUUCCAGAAGAUGAGGAGCCUGUUGGACUAUAAAAGGUCAUAUGAAACGAACAAGAUGAAGAUCAAUAUCCCAGGAGAUAUGUUAAACAACAUUCUGGCCAAGAAGUGCCAGCAGAUCCUAAGUGACAUUGAGUAUCGUCACUACCUCCAUGAGUGGACAUGUCUGCCGGACGAGAGAAACGUCAUUCACGCCCGAAAAGCCAACGAAUUGUUGAGUGAUGUAUUCUACAAAGAUGAUAUGAACUGGUUGAAGGGCAUCGGAUGUUACGUCUGGGACACUCCAGAAAUCCUACGUGCCAAGAAGUCAUACGACCUUCAGAGCCAGAUCAAAUACACAUCUGGUGGGAAAGAAAACCUGCCGAAUUACAGCGUUGUUACAGACACUCCUGUAUACGUGACCGCUGUUCAGAGCGCCAUUAACGCGAGUGACGUGAAGUACAAGGAGGACUUCCACAAAAACAAGGAUAAGUACACAACGGUUCUAGAAACCGUGGACUACAACCGUACACAGAACCUCAAGGACCUGUUUAGCAACAAUUUGUACAAACAAGCAUGGGAUCAAGUAAAGGCUACAAGUUACCAGCUGCCACCUGAGACGGUUGCGUUGGCCUUUGCAAAACGGAACAAACACAUGGCCAGUACGCUGAAGUACCGCGAGGAAUAUGAGAAGUUUAAAGCACUUUACACUUUACCACGGGGUAUUCAGGACGAUCCAAACACCGCAAGAUGUCUUAGAGUCGGCAAGCUUCCUCUGGACCGUCUGUACAGAGACGUAUAUGAGAAGAACAAGAUGAAGAUUCACAUCGCGCCCGACAUGAUGGAAAUCAUUUCUGCCCGGGAGACACAGAAUAAAGUCAGCAACAUUGAUUACCGCAAAUAUCUCCAUGAAUGGAUCUGCUUGCCCGAUCUCCAGGUUUACGCGCACGCGCGCAAGGUCAACGAUCAACUCAGCGACAUCGUAUACAAGGAUGACCUGAAUUGGCUUAAGGGGCUUGGAUGCUUUGUUUGGGACACUCCUGAAAUUCUUCAUGCUAAACAUGCAUAUGACCUCCGUGAUGACUACAAGUACAAGGCGCAAGCUAAGGAGUUGAAGAAAACAUACACUUCAGUAUUGGACACUCCACUUUACCUCCAGUCUAAAACCAGCGGCCAGCAGAGCAGCGAUGUUUUGUACCAUUCAGAUUAUGAACAUAACAUCCGAGGCAAAGUUGCUUCAACCACAACAACAGUUGAUUUGGAUAGAGCCAGGAAUGCUAACAAGAUACAGAACGAGAACAUGUAUCGUGAAGCUGGUGUCAAGUCGCUUCCUAAGGGAUACAGUCUACCCAAAGACACCCCACUUAUUGUUCAAGCCAAGAAAGCCCAGGCUAUUGGAAGUGAUCUAAAAUAUAAAGAAGUCUAUGAACACCUGAAGGCCAAAUCCUACACUCUGGGACCGGACAACGUCAGCUCAGUAAACAUCAAGAAUGUGAACAAGAUCCUUAACGAGAGGCUGUACCGCCAGUUAUAUCACAAACAGAAGGACAAAAUCCACACCACGCCUGAUACUCCAGAAAUCCGCCAAGUCAAGGCCACCCAAGAAGCCAUCAGUGAUCUGGUCUACAAAUCAGACUACUUCAAGCUACAAGGACAUAUGAUCUCCAUGCCAUACACCCCACAAACCAUUCAUUGCCGCUACGUAGGAGAGAUAACCAGCGAUAACAAGUACAAGGAAGACUUGCAGUGGCUGAAGGGCUUAGGAUGUUUCCUCUAUGACACACCAGAUAUGGUGCGCGCCCGGGACUUACGCAAGCUUUGGUCCAACUAUCUGUACAAAACUCCAGCCAAGAAGAUGCUGGAUAAAUACAGCGUGGUGCUGGAUACCCCCGAGUACCGAACCGUCCAGGAGUUAAAGACGCACCUGAGUCAGUUUGUAUACAGAGCAGCAGGCAAUAAGCAGAAGUCCAUCUAUACCACCGUUCUCGAUACUCCAGAUCUCCUGAGAGCCAAGAAGGGACAACAGAUUCAGAGUCAGUAUUUGUAUGUAGAAGUUGCUUCAAAGGAGAGGCCAAUUCAUCAUGCUGAUGGUCAGACACCCAUCCUCAAGCUCGCUAAACAUGUGAAGGAUUUCGUUAGCGAGAAAAAAUACAAAGCGCAGUAUGAAAAGCUGAAGCACAAAUAUACUAGCGUUGCUGAUACUCCCAUUAUUUUACGGGCAAAGAAAGCCUACUUUAAUGCCAGUGAUCUGAGAUAUAAAGAAACAUUCGAGAAUGCCAAGGGCAAAUACCACACCGUGAAGGAUGCACUGGACAUCGUUUACCACCGAAAGGUCACCGAUGACAUCAGUAAUGUUAAAUAUAAAGAGAAGUACGUCAGCCAGCUUGGUAUCUGGAGAUCCAUCCCAGACGAUCCUAAUUUCUACCACCAUCGUGCGGUUACAGAUUCAGUCAGCGACUUCAAGUACAAAGAAGACUUGACAUGGAUGAAGGGACUUGGCUGUUAUGCUUGGGACACACCGGACUUUACCCUUGCAGGACAGAAUAAGUCAUUGUACAGUAUGUACAAGUACAAAGAGUCAUUUGAAAAGACGAAGUCUAAAUUCAAGUACACAUCUGACACCCCUCUGCUCAAUCACUUCAAGUACGCAACACAGCUGCAGAACGAGAAAUUAUACAAAGCUGACUAUGAGAAAUGGAAAGGUCACUACAGUGUUGUGGUGGAUGACCCUAGACAUCUUCUGGCUAAGACUUCAAGUGAACAGAUCAGCCAGUGGAGAUAUAAGGAAAACUAUGAAAAGUUGAAGGACAAGUACACAUCCGUUGUGGAUACCCCAGAAAAUCAGAGAGCGCAAAAAGCUGGCAAACAAAUCAGCGACAUCGUUUACAAAAUGGAAUACAACAAACUCAAAGCAAAGGGAUAUACAUCGAUCCACGACACUCCGAUGUUACUGCAUGUGCGCAAGGUCAAAGACAGGAUCAGCGAUCUGAAAUACAAGGAGUUGUAUGAAAAGAGCAGAGGACACUGUACGAUGGGAUCAGAUGCUGUCCAGAUCAAGACCGCAAAGAACGCCUACAAAUCAAUCAGCAACCUGGACUACAAGAGGAAAUACGAAGCAAACAAAGCCCAUUGGCAGUGGACCGUGGAUAGACCAGACUUUAUGCAGAAUGCCAAGGCAUCUUUACAGCAGAGCGAUUACGAGUACAAGCUGGACAAGCAAUUCCUGAAAGGAUGCAAACUAUCUGUCACGGAUGACAAGAAUACAGUCCUGGCAUUGAAGAAUAACCUAAUGAACAGCGAUGUGAAAUAUAAGAAGAAAUAUGAGAAAGGAACGUAUCAAGGAGAAUUUGGGGCUGUUCCAGAUACACCUCAGAUAAUCCAUGCCAAAUCUGUCAGUGGUCUUGUAUCCGAGAAUAAGUAUAAGGAAGAAGUCAAGAAGCACCUGCCCCAUGGCUCUUUUACCACCCUUCCAGAGACACGGGACACGGUCCAUGUCAAAGAGGUCACAAAGGUUGUCAGCGAGAAACACUACAAAGAAAAGUUCCAGAAGGAGAAAGGCAAAUCAAACUACUCGAUAAUGUUUGAACCACCAGAUGUAAGACACGCCAUGGAUGUCGCCAAGGUUCAAAGCAAUGUUGCAUACAAGAAACAUGCCAAAGCUAAUCUUAAUUACACCAGCAUCGCAGACAGGCCCGAUAUCAAGAAGGCAACACAAGUGGCCAAGUUAGUCAGCGAUAUUCAAUACAAAGCCAAAGCUCGCGAGGAACAGGGGCGAGGUAUCACCACGCUCGGACGUCCAGACAUUGAAUUGGCUCAGGAAGUGUCCAAACUCACCAGUCAGGCUGAGUACACCAAAGGAAAGAUGUGGGGACACGGAGCAGCAUCUUAUGACACUCCGAUCAUGAGGCAGCUUAAGAAAGCCAAUGAGUUGACUAGUAAUGUGAAAUACAAGGCGAACUUCUCUAAAGACAAAGGUAAAAAGCCCCAGUAUGAUCUGAAGGAGGCCAAGAUAUACCAGACGCUGAAGGAUGCAAAUACCCUCGCUAGUGAGGUUAAAUAUAAAGCGGAUCUGAAGAAGAUGCACAACCCCGUGACGGAUAUGGCCGAGUCCCUGAACAUGCAGCACAUCACCGGCACCAGCAAGCUAGCCAGCGAUUACCGGUACAAGAAGGAGUACGAGAAGAAUAAAGGUCACUACCAUGUGGUGCCUGAUAACCUUGAACAAGUUCAUGUAAAGGAGGCUACAGAACUUCAGAGCCAAGUGAAAUAUAAAGAAAAAUAUGAAAAGGAAAGAGGUAAAGCAAUGCUGGACUUUGAAACGCCAACAUAUGUAACGGCUAAGGAGUCUCAGCACAUGCAAAGCGAGAAAGAAUAUAAAAAGGACUUCGAAGAGUGUAUUAAGGGCAGAAAUCUUUCUGGUUUGGAAGUCACGCCGUCAAUGUUACAUGUCAGAUAUGCUACAAAAAUAGCCAGCGAGAAAGAAUACAGGAAGGAUCUGGAUGAUACUAAAGGUAGAGGCCUCACGGUUGUGGAGGAGACUCCCGAACUUUUAAGAGCCAAGAAUGCAACUCAGAUCUUAAAUGAGAAAGAGUAUAAGAAAACUCUGGAAAUGGAAAUUAAAGGAAGAGGUCUGACUACCAUGGCAUCAGAGACGCCUGACUUCAUGAGAGCAAAGAAUGCUACAGAUAUAGCAAGUCAGGUGAAAUAUAAGCAGUCUGCAGAAAUGGAGAAGUCCAACUACACAACUGUUGUGGAUACUCCGGAAAUCAUCCAUGCCCAACAAGUCAGGAACCUUUCCAGCCAGAAAAAAUACAAAGAGGAAGCAGAAAGGACAAUGUCUUACUACGUACCAGUAUAUGACACCCCCGAGAUGCACAGGGUCCGCGAGAACCAGAAGAACUUUAGUACCCUCCAAUACCAGGGCGACCAUAAAAACAGUAAAGGAAAAGUUACAGUGGUAAAAGACACGCCAGAAAUACUGCGUGUUAAGGAAAAUCAAAAGAAUUUCAGCUCGAUUUUGUACAAGGAAGAAGUUGGAACAGGAACACCCAUUGGGCACACUCCUGAAAUGGAAAGAAUUAAGAGAACUCAAGAUGCCAUUAGCACGAUUAAGUACAAGGAAAUUAUUGGAAAAGGAACUCCGAUUUCUGACCUUCCUGAAGUGAAACGAGUAAAGGAGACUCAGAAGAACAUCAGCUCGGUUAUGUACAAAGAAAACUUGGGGCAAGGAACCCCCACAUCUGUGACUCCAGAGAUGGAGAGGGUCAAACGCAACCAAGAGAACAUUAGCAUGGUGUUAUACAAAGAGGAUUCUGGAGUGGGGACUCCCACCCCAGUCACUCCAGAGAUGGAAAGAGUUAAACGCAACCAAGAAAACAUUAGCUCGGUUUUAUACAAAGAAAACUUGGGGAAAGGAACCCCGACACCUGUCACUCCAGAGAUGGAGAGGGUCAAACGCAACCAAGAGAACAUUAGCAUGGUUUCGUACAAAGAAAAUAUGGGAAAAGCCACUCCAACACCGGUCACUCCAGAAAUGGAGCGAGUAAAGCGGAACCAAGAAAAUAUUAGCUCGGUCUUGUACUCUGACAGCUUCCGGAAGCAGAUUCAGGGUAGGGCGGCCUUCGUUCUGGACACACCUGAGAUGAGACGUGUUCGGGAGACUCAGCGCCACAUUUCAUCGGUGAAAUACCAUGAAGACUUCGAGAAACAGAAAGGCAGCUUCACCCCAGUGGUUUCCGACCCCAUAACAGAACGCGUCAAGAAGAACAUGAUAGACUUCAGUGACAUCAACUACCGUGGAAUUCAGAGGAAGGUUGUGGAAAUGGAACGAAAAAGAAGUGAUCAGGAUCAAGACGCCACGGACCUCCGCGUGUGGCGUACCAAUCCUGGCUCAGUUUUCGACUACGAUCCAGCAGAAGACAACAUUCAGUCACGAAGCUUGCACAUGCUGUCUGUGCAAGCCCGGCGCAGCCGUGAGCACUCCCGCUCCGCCAGUGCUCUGAGUCUGAGCGCAGGCGAUGAGAAAUCAGAAGUGUCCGAAGCGGCUGAUCACCAUCAUUCCUAUUACAGCAACGGAGGACUGUUCACUUCGACUACAGUAACAGGCCACAAGGAGAGUUCUCAUGUGCUGAUCUACCAGGGCUUUAAACAAGCAAAAACUACUGAACUUCCCCAACAAAGGUCAUCAUCUGUACUUACUCAGCAAACCAACGUAUCAUCUGUCCCAUCUCACCCAUCCACUGCUGGGAAAAGCUUCAGAGCCAUGUACGACUACAGAGCAGCAGACAACGACGAGGUGUCCUUCAGGGACGGCGACACUAUAGUAAACGUUCAGACCAUCGACGAAGGCUGGAUGUACGGAACCGUCCAGAGAACCGGAAAAACCGGCAUGCUGCCCGCCAACUACGUGGAAGCCGUUUAGGCAAACCACAUGUAACCAAAGUGACAGAAGUAACAGAAAUGGCAAUGCACUCAUACCACCAAAGACCCGCAUUAGCGGCCAGUUUGUUUUUUUCUGUUUAACGUCUGAAUUAAAAAAUAAAAUUAAAACAAUCUCCAUCAUAUAAAUUGACACCAAAAUGUGUUGUAGCCGGACUGACGUAUACCACUUUCCAAAAACGCUUGGUCUCAUUAUCUGGAUGAUCACAUCUGCUGUAACGCGCAAUAGAGAACGUAGACAAGGGGCAGCUGCUGCUUACAUGUUCAGAUCAUUUCCUACAGAUACCGGGAAUUAGCAACUUCGAUAUCCAAAGAAUUACAAACACAGCACCGUACGAUGUCACAGAACGGAAACGCGUCUUGCCCUCCUCGCUUGGUGAAUGCUGCGUGCGUGUGAUGGUUUUUCUAGGGUCAAGAGCCAUUAUUUCCUGUAAAUUAGUGAAUAAAGCUGGAGUUUCUGCAGAA